GCAAUUAUGUAUAGACGUUGAAACAGCUGAUUAUUUAAAAUAAAAAAAUGCCACCUAAAGAUCCCGAAUGGGAAAUUGAAGCUCUAAAAAGGAUAGAUGAGAAAAAAACUCAUGUCAGUUUCCCAAAGUUAAAAUACCCGUCUUUACGGGAUGGUUCUUUGAGAGAUCCUAUACAGUGGCUUAAAGGAAAAGCUAUGGAUGAUGGAGCAGAAGGCAUUUGGCGUAUUCAUGAUAAGUUAUAUGAUUUUACAAGUUUUAUGAAGCGACAUCCUGGAGGGGAAGAAUGGUUGGAGUUGACGCAGGGCACUGACAUAACAGAAGCUUUCGAGGCCCAUCACAUAAAUCCAACAACACAAAAACUCUUAGACAAAUUCUACGUCAGAGACGCAAACACACCAAGGAACUCCCCUUUCACGUUUAAGGAGGAUGGUUUUUAUAGAACUCUGAAAAAAGCGGUGUACAAAGAAUUGGAGAGAAUACCCAAAGAUGUCUCUAAAGCCGCGGAUAGGAUAACAGAUGGGCUAUUUGUAUCUCUUUUAUGUAGCUCCGCAAUGGCAGUGUGGGUGAAAAAUUACUAUGCGGCCACCGCUUGGUACAUUUUUGCAUCUGUAAAUCUAGCAUUUUUGACGGUGGCAUGUCAUAACUAUAUUCAUAGGCGUACGAAUUGGAGGAUGUAUUUAUUUAAUAUGAGCAUGUGGUCAUACAGAGAUUUCCGUGUAUCUCACGUGAUGUCACACCAUCUUUACACGAAUACUUUAAUGGAUUUGGAGAUCAGUUCACUGGAGCCGGUUUUGUUCUACAAUCCAAGGAAAGAUAAGCCGGUACACGCACGACUGGGUUUCAUAACUGAAUUGUUCUUCUUUCCGUUCGUUUUUCUUCUGAAUUUUAUGAAAAGAUUCAUAUCAGUGUUCAUCAGAAAAGGUUUCUUUAAGCGACAUUACCGAUGGCAUGAUAUGAUAGGAUUUCUCCUGCCAUUUAUUAUGUGGGUGGCAAGUGGUGCGCCAAUUCUUCACGUUCUAUAUUAUUGGCUUUGGAUCAACUGUACGGGAAGUUUAAUAUUUUAUUGUAUAGGCGUGAAUGCGGCACAUCAUCACCCUGAAGCUAUUAAAGAUGGAGAUAAACCAAGGAGCGAAACACCAGAUUGGGGCGAACACCAAGUGGAAGCUCUCUUAGACCGCAAAGAUGUGAACAGCAACCUGUUUGCCGUGGUCGUGUUAUUCGGGGAUCAUGCCCUACACCAUAUGUUCCCAACACUUGAUCAUGCAGUGUUGAAAUAUUUACACCCCAUCUUCAUCGAACAUUGCGAGAAAUUUAAAGCGAAUUACAGAGUGUCGACGCAGUUUCUAAUGGUUUUGGGACAGAUAAAGGAAUGUAUGCGUACAGAAUUUAGAAUAAUUUGAGAAUGGCAUUGUUAUUCAAUCGUAAUUUUUGUUAAAAAGAGUUUUUAAUACUUCCAAUAAUCCAAUAUUUUCUCCAAAACUAGGUGUAAU